AUGUCCCGUAUCAUUGUCAAGGGUUUGCCCGUCUAUCUAACAGAUGAUAAUCUCAGGGAGCAUUUUACAAAAAGAUUACGUCAAAAACAUUCCCAUCAAGCAGUUAAUGGUAGUGGUCCAGACCUCAUAACAGAUGUUAAAAUUCUUAGAGAUAGGAACGGAGAAAGUAGAAGAUUUGGAUUUAUCGGAUACCGUAACGAGGAAGACGCUUUUGAUGCUGUAGAGUAUUUCAAUGGCAGUUUUAUCAACACUUCUAAGAUAGAAGUGUCCAUGGCUAAAAGCUUUGCAGACCCAAGAGUCCCGCAGCCCAUGAAGGAGAAGAGAAGAGAAGCUCUGAAAAGGUUUAGGGAAAAGGAAGAAAAAUUGCUACAAGAAGAAAAUCGAAAGAAAAAGAAAGUGGAUGAAAAUAAGCACAGCAACAUUGAUGACGAGAUUCGCAAGAACAAGCAAUUACAAGAGUUCAUGGAGACUAUGAAGCCAAGCUCACAAGUCACAUCAUGGGAAAAAGUUGGCAUUGACAAGAGCAUAGAGGACGAAAAACUAAAACGGGAAGAAGAGGACUCCAGCGUGCAAGGGAAUUCUCUAUUGGCUCAUGCAUUAGCCUUAAAGGAAGAGAAUAAUAAAGACGAAGCACCAAAUUUGGUCAUUGAGAAUGAAAGUGACGAUGAAUAUUCGGCUCUCAACAGAAACAGGGAUGAAGAUCAAGAAGAUGCCGGAGAGGAAGAAAAGAUGAUAAGUAUUAGCAAUUUGAAGGAUACUGAUAUAGGUUUAGUUAAUGAUGACGCUAAUAGUGAUGAAAAAGAGAAUGAAAAGAGGAGAAACCUCGCCCAAGAUGAAAAGGUUUCUGACCUAGAUUGGUUCAAACAACGCCGUGUAAGAAUCAAAGAAAGUGAAGCGGAAACAAGGGAAAAAUCAUCAUCAUACGCUACUGAACAAAAUGAAAGUCUCGAUACCAAGAAGGAAGAACAACCAGAACGUGCUGUGCCGCAAAAGACGGACGAAGAACUGGCUAUUGAAAAAAUUAACCAAACUGGCCGUUUAUUCUUACGUAAUAUCUUGUAUACCUCCAAAGAAGAAGAUUUCAGGAAACUAUUUAGUCCAUUUGGAGAGUUAGAGGAGGUUCAUGUGGCUUUGGAUACCAGGACUGGUCAAUCCAAAGGAUUUGCAUACGUUCUAUUUAAGGAUUCUAAGAAUGCAGUGAACGCCUAUGUUGAAUUGGAUAAACAGAUUUUUCAAGGAAGACUAUUGCAUAUUCUUCCUGGUGAAGAAAAAAAAAGCCAUAGAUUAGAUGAGUUUGAUUUAAAGAAUAUGCCAUUGAAAAAGCAAAAGGAAUUGAAAAGGAAGGCAGCUGCAUCCAGACAAACAUUUUCUUGGAACUCCUUGUAUAUGAACCAAGAUGCUGUUUUGGGUAGUGUGGCAGCCAAAUUGGGUCUAGAAAAAUCUCAAUUGAUCGAUGCUGAAAACUCAAGUUCGGCUGUCAAACAAGCUUUGGCUGAAGCCCAUGUUAUUGGUGAUGUUAGAAAAUACUUUGAAUCCAAAGGUGUUGAUCUGACCAAGUUUUCACAGUUAAAAUCUACAAAUCAAAGAGACGAUAAAGUGAUACUGGUUAAAAAUUUUCCUUUUGGGACAACUAGAGAAGAGCUUGGCGAAAUGUUUUUGCCAUAUGGUAAAUUGGAAAGAUUGCUCAUGCCACCAGCUGGUACAAUAGCUAUAGUGCAAUUCAGGGACACAACGUCAGCAAGGGCAGCUUUCACUAAACUAUCGUAUAAAAGAUUUAAGGACGGCAUAAUAUAUCUAGAAAGGGGGCCUAAGGAUUGCUUUACUAAACCAGCUGAGGCCGAUGAUUUGAUAAAUAACACUUCUGCAAAAGAAGAAGAAAACCCGGUAGAGGUAAAACCUUCAUCAAAUGACUUAAUGGAAGCAAACAAGGAUGUAACUGAAGGGUCAUCUAAUGCUCAUGAUGAAGACGUUAUUGAUGGUCCAACUGUCUCAAUUUUCAUAAAGAAUCUAAACUUCUCCACGACGAACCAAAAUCUUACUGAUAGGUUCAAGGUUUUCACUGGUUUUGUUGUUGCCCAAGUGAAGACAAAACCUGAUCCAAAACAUCAAGGCAAGACCUUGUCAAUGGGGUUUGGUUUUGUAGAAUUCAGGACCAAGGAACAAGCUAAUGCCGUGAUAGCUGCAAUGGAUGGGACGGUAAUCGACGGCCAUAAGAUUCAAUUGAAGUUAUCCCAUAGACAAGCAUCUCAGAGCGGUAAUACAAAGACUAAAUCCAAUAAGAAAAGCGGUAAAAUCAUUGUUAAGAAUCUUCCAUUUGAAGCUACUAGGAAAGACGUUUUCGAAUUAUUCAAUUCUUUUGGUCAAUUAAAAUCUGUUAGAGUUCCAAAGAAGUUCGACAAGUCUGCAAGAGGUUUUGCGUUCGUGGAAUUUUUACUUCCAAAGGAAGCAGAAAAUGCUAUGGAUCAGUUGCACGGUGUCCAUUUACUGGGCCGCAGAUUGGUAAUGCAAUAUGCAGAAGAAGAUGCAGUUGACGCUGAAGAAGAGAUAGCCAGGAUGACAAAGAAGGUUAGAAAGCAAGUUGCCACUAAUGAGAUGGCUGCCUUAAGAAAUGGGGGCGGUAGAAAGAAACUGGAUGUGGAUGAUGAAGAAAACGAAGGUUUCUAG